CUCUUUCUGAACCGAACGACAUCACUUUUAUGCCAAUUGAUUACCGUUUUUGAAGGUGGGAGGGUCCCUUUAAGGGGGUCGCUACUUAGGCACCAUCCCCUAUUUGAGUUUGCCAUCCGCACCUGCGGCAGCUCGUUCUUUCGAAGGCUGCCACCUGCUGCCACCGGCCGGCGGUGUCAGUUCAUCUCGGCGCCGGCAGAUGGCGGGCAGUGUGUUCCCUGACCAGGUAGGCUGAGCCGCCGGCGUGUGCUGUGAGGCGGAACAGCCGCCCGUCCCGGCGGCGGCGCGGCCGUGACGCGGCACCCACACCGCCGCGCCGGCCGGCAGCAGCGGCCCGCCGAGUCGUGUCCGCGGUGGACCGUACCGUGUCCGGCGCCGCGCGCAUGCGCCGCCCUGCGGUGGCCGAGUAUUGACGGCGCGGCGGCGGCGGCGUCACUGGCUCUCGAGUGCCGUGUGGUGUGAGCGGCCGUGCGGGGCCGUGUGAGCGGCCGUCAGUGCGCCGUAUGAUCUCCUGUGACGCGGCGAUGGAGACGGCUCGGGUGGAAAUAUCCCGCUGCAUCAACGGCCUGGGGCUGCGCUCCAAGGCCAAGGAGUCGCGCGACGACCGCGCCGCCACACAGGCCAGCCUGGAGCGGCACAUGUCGGCGGCCGGUGUGAAGCGCGGCAGUGUCAUGGAGAAGGUGGCCACCGUGUUCUGCGGCAGCGGCGCGGCGCGGCAGGCGCGCGCCGGCGUCCCGCCCCCGCCCCCUCCACCGCCGCCGCCGCGAGACAAGCCCACGCCGCCGGAGAAGCCGUCGCGGUUUUCUUUUCAGAAAAUGCGGAACGGGAUGUACCCGUCUCUGCACGGAGCCGGCGGUCGGAGGAGCCCGCGGCCGCCGGCGAGCAGCGGCCGGCGCCGCCAGCUGCGCGCGCCAGUCAUGAGCUGGACGGCGCUGUGGCAGCACGAGCCGUUUCUGGAGCGGUUCUUCCAACUGUUCUCUGGCGCCGAGGUGUGCGCGCUGGCGCAGGUGUGCCGCGUGUGGCGCGACGUGCUGUACCAGCCGCGCUUUUGGCGCGCCAUUCGGCCGGUGCUCAAUUGCCGCGACAUCCGCGAGUCGAGCGCGGGCGAGCCGGGCGCGGCGCGGCGCCGCUACCUGCACUCACUGCAGGUGCGCGCCUGUGACUCGCUGGCGCUGCUGCACGCCUCGGACGAGGACCUGUGCGAUCUGACGCACGGCUUCCCGGCGGCGGCCAAGUGUGUGCGCUCGCUGUCGCUGCAGUGCUGCCGGGUCUCCGACAAGGGCCUGGAGCAGACGCUGGACCAGCUGCACGGGCUGCAGCAGCUCGAGCUGUCCGGCUGCAACGAGGUGACGGACGCCGGCCUGUGGGCCUGCCUCAGCGCGCGCAUCGUCUCGCUCUCCGUCUCCGACUGCAUCAACGUGGCCGACGAGAGCGUGGCGGCGGUGGCGCAGCUGCUGCCGUCCCUCUGCGAGUUCAGCCUGCAGGCCUACCACGUCAGCGACGCGGCGCUCUCCUACUUCAGCAGCCAGCAGAGCGCCGCGCUCACCGUGCUGCGGCUGCACUCCUGCUGGGAGCUCACCAACCACGCCGUCCUCAACAUCGUUCAUAGUCUACCGAACCUCAGUGUACUCAGCCUGUCAGGCUGCUCUAAAAUCACCGAUGAGGGCAUCGAAGUCAUAGCGGAAAACCUGAAAGGUCUGCGCAGCCUGGACCUGAGCUGGUGCACACGGGUCACCGAUGCCGCUCUCGAGUACAUCGCCUGCGACCUGGCCCACUUGGAGGAGCUGGUGCUCGACAGGUGA